CAAGGACAGAGGGGCCCCAUGAUCCCCUAUUGCCCGGGGGCCCCAUGAGUUUUCAGCUUUAGCCCUGGUUCACAUCUGCUGCGGCGGUCGUGCGGGCUCGGGCACGAGAGCCCAUUCAUUUGAAUGGACUCCCUCGCCCUGGGACACGUAGGGAAAAAGUCCCUGCACUACUUUGGAAAUUGCAGCCCGCAUGGGAACCUCGGUUCCCAGUACGGUUGCGAUUUCCACCCUGGUUCACACUGAUGCGGUGGGAAUUUGCAGAGUUUUCUGUACGAAUUCCGCACCUCAUCAGAAUCGCACCCCGUUCAUGCGAACCACUGCGGGUGUGUAUGCUAAGUUACCAACACCCCAAAAUCGGUCCGCAAAAUGCGGUGCGAUGUGCAGAAUCAGAUCGCAUAGGUGUGAAUACCCA